AUGAAACAAUGGCAAGGAAAAGCUGUUGAUCAGCCACAAAAUCAAAUCAACAAGUGUCAACAAAGAGGCACAAAUCGACAUAUUUUCCCCUUGAUACAAAGAGAGAAAAAGAAAGUUUCUUCCGCGGUGAAGAAAAGUUUUGAGAUAUUGCCAGCAAAUCACAGUUUAUUAAAAUCAUAA